AAAACAACAGAUUCUGUUAGUUUUAAUUAAUUGUUUUAUAUUUAUUAUUGAAGAUAUCAUUUAAUUGCCCAAAGAAGACAUAAAAGGAGCGCCAAUUGCCACCAUGUCUUCAAUAAUUGAGCUGAUUAUGGAUGAGCCAGACCACCUUAAAUGUCUGUUUGUGAACACAUUAAACUCUUCAGACAAAUGUAAUUUUACACAAAGUAUCGAUGAUUGUGGGUAUGAUGGUAUGAUUUAUGAUUUCACACAUUUGGUGUAUUGUGAUAUCGGUGAUGAAUACCGGGCCGCUUCUCUCGUCGUACUCUUUGCCAUCUUAUUAUUCCUCUUCCUAUCGAUGGGUGUAGUGGCCGACGAGUUUUUAUGCCCGGCUUUACUCACGAUAUCUAAAACACUACGAUUGCCCGAUAACAUUGCCGGUGUUACAUUCUUGGCCUUUGGAAAUGGAUCCCCGGAUAUAUUCUCGGCCCUCAGUGGUGUCUCACAAGAUAAACCGCAGCUUAUAUUCUCCGGUCUUUUCGGU